AUGGCGCGGUAUCAAGCAGAGGCUCAGCGUCCGGAAAAGGACGCUCGCACUGAAGAGGAGGCCGCCAAAACGACACCUACCGGCCACUGCAACCAUUCUAAACUGUGCGCUUUGCUAUGUGCAGUCACCAAGCCUCUGCGGGGCCUGUUUGUCGACCAUGAGCACGAGGAAGAGAACGUAUCUGCUGGCAAACGCGAUAAGAAGAGGCGCUCCGAGAGAAAUGUGUUCUCCAGGCGCUUCAUCACCUGGGCGUGUGUCUUCGGUUCGCUCAUUCUCUCCCUCUUCAUUGCCGGUUCCCUCAAGAUUUUUGGCCUGCUGCCGGCUCCCAAACUCCCUGGUUUCACCUACCUCAACGUUAGCAAUAUCAGCCAGCUCAAAGAUGCGAUGGCGCAAAGCGGUCCUAGGCUUGUGUACUGCAGCAACGUCAAGCUGACCCCCGAACAAAACAGAGUAGCCUCCUUAGCUGUGAAGGCUGUGCCUAGCUGGAUCAACAAGUUCGCCAUGGACUGCAGCGCUGUGCUCCCGUCAGGAAAAACGGGCUACCAGCGUUUCGAGGUCGACCCCGCCACCACCGUCAUGUUCGUCCAGGCGCACGGAAAGAAGGCCCUGGCAAUAACUAAUUACCUCAUUGGAAAUCCGCAGUACUUCCUGCAGACGGUAGUAAACACCGCCGCUCACACCGUCAGACGCGUUGACAACGCUGACAACUUUAACACGCGGCUUGGUACGCGCGCCAACCGCGUGCUGCUAGUGGUUACGGAUGACCGCAAGUUCGGAGUAUAUAGCGAGGAGCACACCACUGCGCUGUCCCGGAUAAUCGACAUCAACCGCCUCUACGGCUACAGCACCCUGAUCGUCAACACGACCAUAUUCGACCUGGCUUUCGAUGAGGAUGACGACGUGCCACUUGGCGACGGCUUCGGCAUGUACUGCCUCAUCCCCUACGAAGAAAGCUUCCUGCUGGGAUACUACGUCGGAGCGCCUUUCGGCAAGGCCAUGGAGCCGUUCAUGCGCCUCUGCGCCACCGUAUCGCAGCGUUAG